CUGGGAGCCAGGAAGGAGAAACCAGUGAGGCAACAUCAAAAUCUUUGACUUUAUUUCUCCGUGACGACCCAACGCAAUCCAGGUAAGAUAAUGACAAGGAUCUACGCCUUCAUUGGACUUUUACUUCUUAUUCUGAUCCAGAGCAGCCUGCAGAUUCCCAUACAAGAAACCAUGGAAGAAAACUCCAGCCUUAUGUCUGAGGACGCACUAUUUAGUGACCCAAGAGAAGUAAACAACAUGAAGAGACAUUCAGAAGGCACAUUCUCAAAUGAUUACAGCAAAUACCUGGAGACCAGGAGAGCACAAGACUUUGUUCAGUGGUUAAUGAACUCCAAGAGAAGCGGAGUCCCCACACGACGGCACGCAGACGGCACAUUCACCAGUGACGUCAGCUCUUACCUGCAGGAGCAGGCGGCAAAAGAGUUUGUGUCCUGGCUAAAAACAGAAAGAGGACGACGCGAGUGAGGAUUCACGACAACGAGAUAAAAACUAGCCUGCAUAACUGUGAUAUCCGACACUGUUUUAUAAUGCCUAGUGCUGUCAGUUUCACUGAA